CACCACCACGCCACACACCACACACACACACACACACACACACACGCAUAGACUCUCAUCCCGCACGCACGCUUCCACAACGACCACCUGCUUCCCCCUCCCCAUCCAAACCAUCCAAGUAAACACGCACACACACACACAAUGGCUGAGAAGCGGGAUGAAAGCAGCGGCGUGCUGCAGACGGUGGCCAUGGAGCAGAAGAGCCAGCUGCUGGUGGACUCCAACCCAGAGGUGACAAAGCAGAUGGUGUCCACGAGCGCCGUGCACCGCAUGAACGACCCCAACGACCUGGUCACGCUCGCCCAAUACGUGCAGACCGCAGACGACUUCACAAAGGCCACGGUGGGCGGGAAGCUGGAGCUCAUCGCAGACCAGAUUAAGGCAUUGCAGGACCAGGCGCGGCAGGUGCUCGAGUCUGCAAAACGCGACGUCGAGCUGAACCACGCCAAGUGCAACUUCCGCCGCAUCCCAGGCAAGGUGUACCACCUCUUCCGCAAGGAGAGCGACGGCUCUACAUACUUCUCCAUGCUGUCCCCCGAGGAGUGGGGCGACCGCGCCACAGACACAUUCAUCGACUCGUAUCGCCUGGAGUACGACAUGAGCUGGACCCCGCUCUCCAAGAUCCAGGAGCGCGACGAGCGUCGCCGACUGGACGCACAGCUCCUCGGUGUCGACCGUGAGCAGGCAAAGCAGCUCUCCCUCGAGUGCUAGCCAAUGUGUAUGUGUGCUUGUGUGUGCUUGUGUGUGCUUGUGUGCUUGUGUGUGUGUGCCCGUGUGUGUGCUUGUGUGCACGUGUGUGCACGUGUGUGUGUGCACGUGUGUGUGUGUGUGCACGUGUGUGCACGCGUGUGCACGUGUACUCGUGUUUGUGUGCACGUGUGUAUGUACUUGUGUAUGUAUGUCUUCACGCGUAUGUACGUGUGUGUAUGUGUGUGUUCUUGUUUGUGUACUUGUGUGCUUGUGUCCGUAUGUGCUCGUCUCCCCUUCUCCUUUACACGGGUACGCCUUGCUUGUGAGUGUGGAUAGGCAGCUUAGUAGUACGUGACGUGAUUGAUGGCGUGCUUGUGAUGUGUAGUUGUUUGCUGGCUCACGCGCCAGUUGCAGUUUGGCUCUUUUUGUUUCAGUGUGCGUCCUUGGUUCACAUUCACGUCAGUUUGGUUCGUUCAGUCUCAGAUACAUAUAAACAACCCCGUCACCA